ACUUAUGUCCGGUAACUUGCAGCAGCCAUCAUUGUAGAUCCGAUUGGCGAAGCGGAAGGCUGAAGGUCUUUGCGCCGCGGUACUUCCGGUUUCAAGAUGGUCGCCUAAUCUGUGUAGUGAAACUUCUUCCACCUUUCUCCAUCCUCUAGGUUUUUUUUGAACCUGGAUGUGACGCAUUAAAAGACUCGACGGAAAUAGAAUCAAAGGCAUUCUAAAAUGGCUAACCGUACGGUGAAGGAUGCGCACAGCAUCCAUGGCACCAACCCUCAAUAUCUGGUGGAGAAGAUCAUUCGAACGCGAAUCUAUGAGUCCAAAUACUGGAAAGAGGAGUGCUUUGGACUUACCGCUGAACUUGUAGUUGAUAAAGCCAUGGAGUUAAGGUUUGUGGGUGGCGUCUAUGGUGGCAACAUAAAACCAACACCCUUUCUGUGUUUAACCUUGAAGAUGCUUCAGAUUCAACCUGAGAAGGAUAUCAUUGUAGAGUUUAUCAAAAAUGAAGAUUUCAAGUAUGUCCGCAUGUUGGGAGCACUUUACAUGAGGCUGACGGGCACUGCAAUCGAUUGCUACAAGUACUUGGAGCCUUUGUACAAUGACUAUCGAAAAAUCAAGAGCCAGAACCGAAAUGGGGAGUUUGAAUUGAUGCAUGUAGAUGAGUUUAUUGAUGAACUAUUGCACAGUGAGAGAGUCUGUGAUAUCAUUUUGCCUCGGUUACAGAAACGCUAUGUAUUAGAGGAAGCUGAGCAACUGGAGCCUAGAGUUAGUGCUCUGGAAGAGGACAUGGACGACGUGGAGUCCAGUGAAGAGGAGGAGGAAGAGGAUGAGAAGUUGGAAAGAGUGCCAUCACCUGAUCACCGUCGGAGAAGCUACCGAGACUUGGACAAGCCCCGUCGCUCUCCCACACUGCGCUACAGGAGGAGUAGGAGCCGGUCUCCCAGAAGGCGAAGCCGAUCUCCCAAAAGGAGAAGCCCCUCCCCCCGUCGAGAAAGGCAUCGGAGCAAGAGUCCAAGACGUCACCGCAGCAGGUCCCGAGAUCGGCGGCACAGAUCCCGUUCCAAGUCCCCAGGUCAUCACCGUAGUCACAGACACAGGAGCCACUCAAAGUCUCCUGAAAGGUCUAAGAAGAGCCACAAGAAGAGCCGGAGAGGGAAUGAGUAAUGGACUCGGUUUGGUUGUAGUCCACAUGGCCUCCUAUGGAUAUGAGGAUCUCUGUCUAUGUGGAAGGCUUAAGAACUCCCCAGGCAGCUACAAGAAUAUUUGUUUUUUCGUAUAAAGAUUCUCAACCUUUAUUUUUAAUGAAGGAGGUGCUGAGUUUUGUAUCUCUUUUUAAUCAUCAUUAACAUCACUUUUUGACCCAACUAACCUUGACUGUAUUCAAACUUAUGAGGGUAGAAAGGAUCUGUAGGUUGAGGAUAUGAAUGACAAGGAAAGGAUGUGGCCACCUGAUGACCCUUCCCCUUUUUAUUAAACCAGACACAUCUGUUUCCCAUUUCUCUGU